AUGCUCGUACGGCUUCUCCGGAGAACAUUUCGUUUUGAUUCGGGGGACAUUCCAGCGCGACCGGAGAGAUCACCCCCAAUUCUUGCUUCUUUAGACCGGCGAGCUGGGGUAUGGAAUUUGAUCUACGUCCUCCUACUCUUCGCGCGCUGCAACUUUAAUCCAGGCUGCUGCGAACGGUACGAUCCUUGGAAUGAGAGCAUAGUACCUCUCCAGAGUACCAUGGGAUAA